AUGAAUUGUUUUGAUUCAUAUUGUCGUCAAAUUAUUAGGCCCCCUCGCAGACAAUAUAUGAUCAGUGAUCUAGGUAACAUGCAUUUACUAUAUACAAAAGGACCAAAAAUAAGAUUUCUUCAAACUAAGGCGAUAGUAAGAGUAGAUUUUGUAUUUGAAUCCAGAAACAUACAAUUGAACGCUAGUUAUUUUUUGACGAAAUCAAAAAACCAUAGGUGCAUGAUUUACUUACAUGGAAAUGCAAGUUGCAGGUUGGAAGGCAUCAGGUAUGCUGAGGUCUUGGCUUCAUGGGAUAUAAAUUUAUGUGUUUUAGAUUUUGCUGCUUGUGGCAUGUCCAAGGGAGAUUUCAUUACCAUGGGAGUUUACGAGAGUCAAGAUGUGAUUGAAUUGAUGAAAUACAUAGAGAAUAAUUUUGGGAAAGUCGACGAAUUCAUGCUCUGGGGUCGCAGUAUGGGAGCAGUUACUGCACUUCUCUUAACUGAAAAUUCCAAAAUUAGAACUUACAUCGUCGACAGUGCUUUUUCUGAAUUUCGAUAAUUGCUGUAAGACAUUGGGAACAGACAAUUUGGAGUCUUCUCCUUCGUAUUAUAUCUUGCCAUCCCAAUACUGAGGAGGAAAAUAAUGAAUCAGGCCCAAUUUGACAUCAAUCUCCUUAAGCCAAUUGACAAGUUGAAAUAAGUCAUUCCUAACAAAAAGUUCUUUUUUGUGGCAGGGAAAUCUGACAAUCUCAUUUCCUAUCAAUACACCCUUAAAUUGUACGAGAAUUGCUAGAUGCCUAAGAAAUUGGACAUCUGUGAAGGAGAUCAUAAUUCCAAUAGGCCAUCCACCACCUUACAAAGGAUUAUAGAAUUUAUAAAUGAGGCUUGCGAAUUUAAAUACAACCAAGAAUAUUAAAUCAGAACAGAAGCUUAUUUUAAGUUCCAAAAUCAACACUCCUCCGAAGAAGAGGAAGAUUCAAAACUACAAAUUGUACUAUCGGAAAUUAAGACUCCUUAAACAAAAUAAUAAUUUAUCAGCAACUGA